UGUUGCUGCGUGGCGUAGUCUGUAUCUCCUCAUGAAAAGUCAUUCAGUCGACAAUUUAUAGGAUAUAGGGCGUUCAUUCGGUAGCGACCAGGAUAAUUUCGCUGAAAAAAUGGCUGUUGAGCCGUUGCGUUCGGCGAGGUCUUUUGGAAACAGCGAGGAUACAUCUCUCGCCCUGCCAUCAGAUGACAAAUUACGCACGGGACAACAACGUGUACUAGAUCAAGUUCACACUAUAAAGAGGAGCAAGUCGAAACAACUUAAAAACGGAUCACUCUCACCCACGAGUCCAGUAACACACGCAGCAGAAUCAGAGUCUGUGUCCUUCAGGUUCUCACCCUCAGGAACCAUAAAUGGCAGUAUCUUUGGAAGGAGCAACUCAUCUACUGUGGCCAGCCGCAAUAGAACGGUCGUCCAGCAGAAGAGCCGCACCCUUUCUGGAAGGUCCAGGAGACAGCACUCCAGCUCCAGCCAAUGGGAGCAGCACAUCCAGUCCUCCAACUGGCCCCAACCUCCCAUGCCGACGGCAAGCAAUGGUAUCAAGCCCAGCGUCAGUGUCCCGACACUGGCGCCCGCCAACGUCGUGAAGCGGCCCACCGGGCAGUCCUCCACAAGGCAGGCACGGAACAGCGUCCAUUCCAUGACCAACGAGGCGGCAAUCAGUCAAGCGGUCAGCAACAAGACGAUCAUCACCACCAGCACCGUACAGAACCACUCUGCGGCGCGGCCGCCAUCGAACCCGGGCCAGGUGGAGACCAAGAUAUCUGUCGUGGCCAAGGCCAAAACUGAGCCGAACCCUCUCAGCGCUAUGCCCGACAUGACAAUGCAAGAGGCAGUGGAGUAUCUCUCAAAAGAAGAGGGGAAUUAUCAGCUGUGGGGAGCAUCCUUCAUCCAGCAUAGCACCUUUAAAGAGGACAAGUCCAAGCACGAGGUCCUGCAGCUUCAAGGGAUACCUCCCCUGGUGGCUCUGCUACGGCACUCCAACUCUCAGGUGAAGCAGACUGCGGCCGCCGCCCUGAGGAACCUGGUGUUCAAGAACAGCAACAACAAGCUGGAGGUGGUCCGCUGUGAGGGCAUCGAGGAGGCUCUGGUCCUACUCAAGGAGACCAACUCUGCCUUCACUCAGAAGCAGCUAACAGGCCUUCUGUGGAACCUGUCGUCAGCAGACGCACUGAAGCCCCCUCUCAUCAAAACAGCUCUCCCGGUUCUGACGGACACCAUUGUGGUGCCCUACACGUGCUGGUCAGAAACCAGCGCCAGUAACAAUGGCGACCCCGAGGUGUUCCACAGUGCCACCGGCUGUCUGCGCAACUUGAGCUGUGCCAGUAAGGGGGAGAGGCAGGCAAUGCGGGACUGUGACGGACUUAUCGACGCCCUUGUCUCAUACGUGCAGUCCUGUGUGACUGUUGACAAUGCAGAUGAAAUGUCGGUGGAGAACUGCGUGUGCAUCCUGCACAAUUUGACAUACCAGCUAGAGACAGAGGCCCCAGAACAGUUCAAUGCGUGUAACGAAUCCUCUGCAACGAGAGCCGCUGCCGACAAAAAGUCCCAAACUAUCGGCUGCUUCAGUCCCAAAAGCAAAAAGAUACAGAACACCUUUAACUCUCCUCUGAUGAAGGAGGAGGAGAGCGACCCAAAAGGCCUGGGUUUGCUCUACCACUCCAAGACCAUCCAGACGUACCUGUCCCUGUUGGGCUCCAGUCAAAAAGAUGCUACACUGGAGGCCUGCUGUGGCGCAAUGCAAAACCUCACUGCCAACAAGGGCCCUGUGUCUAGCCACAUGAGUCAAACCAUAGUGCAGAAGCUGUGUGGCUUGCCGAACAUCUCCCCUUCACUCCAGUCCCCUAACCCCAGCCUGCAGAAAACCGCCAUGUCCCUGAUUGGCAACCUCAGCAGAACCACAUCACUACACAGCAGUAUUGCACGGCCUAUCCUUCCCCAGCUUGCCUUGCUGCUGUCAGCUGACCCUAAAGAACUGGGCAACUCUGACGACACAGUGAUGACUGCGUGCAACACCAUGCGCACACUUGUGAUGUCCGAGCCUGAUGUGGGCAAGAAGGUGGUGAACACUACCCUGGUGCAAUCUCUCAGUGAACUGAGUGAGAACAGGAAGUUCCCAAAGGCUAGCAAAGCUGCAGCCGUUCUGCUGCACAGCUUGUGGGAUGAGAAGGAAAUCCAGAGCCUCCUGAAAAAACUAGGGGAGAACAAGAACACAUUUGUGAACGAAGUCACAACAGCUGCCCACAGGUCAAUUCAGAUUAUUGAAUGAUGGCAUGGACCAAGGAUCCCACAAGACCAUAUAUGGUGGAGACAUGUGUGCUCUUGAGUGGUACACGCCCAUAGGGGAUUCCAUCUGCUCUAUUUGGGAAUGAUUGCACUUAUGUUGUGUAGAGGAACAUGUCACCUCUAAAGCAUGAACCAUUGGAGAACUCUUAUUUUCUGGCAAGAAAUCUUCAAUUCAUUUUUGGAUUUUUUUUUUUUAAAUACAUCUGCUAUAAUCCAUCCAUUGUCAUGGACACCUCAGGUCUGCAUUGACACUCCUACAUGGAUAUAUGGAAAGAUGAAAUUACAGUAAAAAAAAGAACAAAACAUGUAUUUUAUCCAGUAGAACAGUAACAACAAUGUACACGUACAGUGUAGUCUAUAAGUCUGGCAUGUUUUCUGUAUCUGUCUCAGGAGGCGUUGGGGAAAGCUGUCCUUCAGGUUCAGAUCUAGGGAUGCUAUUAGCUUUUUGUACCUUUCUUGUUAUCUUCUAGGACGACUAAGCCACCCUUUCCUUAAAUGAGUACAUAAAGAUGUAGUUUCUUGUUCAUUGACUGUAUUGUUUUCUUCACAGCCUCUACUGUAUCUUGAUGUUACCUUGUAUUCAAGUAUCAGAAUUUUUUUGUAAUUUUUGUUUUUUAAAUGACAACAUACAUGUACGGUAACACUUUCUGUGAACACAGUGUCCAUUAUGAAUGCAUUCAUAAAGGGUUUACACCACACACACCAAGCUUGGAAUUAAUUGGCAUAAGUCUAAAAAUUAACUUUAUGAUACUUCAGGCUGUAAGAGAUUAUUCUUCAACAGGGUAAUGCCUUAUGAGUGCAGUCCUAACUAUUUUUGAAUCGUUAUACAGUAUAAUAAUUGUACAUUUUGUCAAUCAUCAUGAAACGUAAACACUUUAUAACCCUUUAUGAAUGUAUUAAUCUGCUUGGUUACUGAGUUUAUAUAAAUAUUAAGAUCAAUAGAUGGUUUUCAGCAUACUGGUUGCAGUUUAUUCUGGGUUGUGGUGCUUGCACAGAAAAUAUGACAAAACUUGUCUUAGUAGCUCACUGCAUUAGUUCAUAAAUUAUCACUUAUUGUUGCAUUAUAUUCUUUCAUUUUUACAUACUCAAUUCAUUGCACACAAAAUCAAAUCUAAAUAAUUGUUUUUGGAAAAUUGUACUAUUUAUGCUUGUUGAAUGUAAGAAAAAGUCUUGUGCAGUAUUGUAGGUAAUGUAAGUUUCUUUUUUUCCCCUUUUUUUUUUAAAUUCUACAUGCAUCUGAAUUCUGAGACUUUAACCUGGUAUUGUUCAAAUGUAAAACAAACAUGAUACUUCCCAUAAGGUCAUAAACCAUGGUUUUAAUGAAAUGGACAAAUAAAAUGUUGCAAUGAUUUUAAUUCAUUCUUUACUUUUGAUAAUGGAUAUACACAGUGUUUUACUCAUUCACAGUGUUCACUUCUGUGGUAUAAUACAAUACACAUUAAAUUAAGAGCUGACUAAUCACUUAUUAUCACCUACUGUAUCCUGGCUAAUAGAAUUCACAAUGGAGAAUUGGUCUGAACCCUCUCAGUUCAUCUUGAAUUUCAUAGGGGCGUUUCCAGCAUUGAAAUUCAACUUAAGUUGGUACAUUACUCUUACUGAAUCUUUCAGCAGCAAAACUUCAACCUCCAGGACACACAUAGUAUGCUCAAUUAUUCACUGCUUUAUGGUUCUGAGUCUCAUUUCUUUUGUGCUAGCUUUACGAGUACAGUGCAGUGCCAUAUAUGGGUCUUCUUAACAUUCAUCCCACAGAUUUCUCUUGUGUCUCUUAGGAAGUGGACUUGUAGAGCUCGUCUUUAAUAAAUGCCUGAA